GUCGUCGUUUCAUACCUUCUUUUGUCCUUGUCUUGUGUUGCGCUGUAACAAAACCUUACUAUAAAUUAUCAUCAUUGAACUAGCCCAGGAAGUGAUUGAUUAUGCUACGUAGGGGCGGAGGGGGGCCACCUAGUGAAAUUUUCAGUGUAUCUUUAAAAUCGCGGUCGUCGUUUCUAAAACGAGAGACGAACCCCCUUUUUUUUUUUCAACACCACUCGUAGUGAGUGUAAGCCACAGAGUUCAGCGGACAACGACAAACACAACAGCGGCGUUGCGACGCACGGGAAGUAAAGGAAGACUAAGAAGAGAACGGAGUCGCAAAGAAGGCGAUGAUCGCGCCCAGCCAGAAAGCGUUCGCACCAGAGCCACGGGACGCGCAAGCACUCCUUCGGCCGCGGUUCUACUGGGACCAAGUCAAGACGCACUCGAUGCGACGACACCACCGGGAGCUGUCGCGGAGGCAACGGGAAGGGCCACAGCGGCCGCCUGCCGAAGGCGCCCACCAGUCGACGUCGCCGCAGACGUCGGAGUCGACGUCAGCGGCCGCCCUGGCGGCCGCCGUGGGCGACGCUCUGGAGCCGCAAGGCGACUUCGAACGGCGCCAUUGCGACGGCGUCGACAGCUGCGUGAUGGGCCUGUCGGCCGAGGAGCCCUCUGUGCCCUUGCUCGGUCCAGUCGGGAAGACGAUGAGCGCGUCGGCGAGCCUCCUGACCGCGACGCCGACCGUUUCGUCGCGACCGACAAGCGCCGACCCGACGCUACCCGCGAGGCGCAGGCCCGAACGUCGUCACAGGUGGUGGUGGCGGUGGUGGCUCCACCUGGCGCCGCUGUCGCGAUGCGCCUGCCGCGGCGAGUCGCUGGGCGUGCCCCUGGUCUCGGCGCUCAACCUGUCGCUCGCCGUGUCCGUGGUGGUGUCGUGCAAGCUGUGCUACGACCGGGCGCGCCUGCCCAACCUGUCGCUCACCGUGGUGCACCUGGCCGCCUCGCUGGCCGCGCUUCGUACGGCCGCGGCGUUCAAGGUCACGUGGGCUCCCCAGACGCCUACUUCUGAAAACGCUAGCGGGGCUCGAGUCUCGUCUUCGGCCAGCGCGACGGCGUCCUCCUCCCUCGAGCACUGGAGGCUCGCCUUUCUCCUGUGCGCCUUCAUGGCGCUCCCCAACCUCUCACUGGAAUUCAACACUGCCGGAACCAGCACGCUGCUCAGGCUUCUGUCCCUGCCAGUGACGGCCUGGCUGCAGACCACGGUCUUCGGCCGCAGGCAGCGCCGAGCGGUCGUCCUGUCGCUGCUGCCGGUGGCCCUGGGCGUGUCCAUGAACGCGCUCGGCGAUCUGCGCUUCAACCCGGUGGGACUCUUCUUCGGCGUCGCCGGAGCCGCGGCAGCCGCCUUCUAUUUCACCCUGGCGGCCGAGCAGCAGCGCCGCCUGUGCCAGCCGCCGUGGCAGCUGCUGGAGUCGCAGCUGCGGCGCGCCCUGCCGGCGCUCGCGCUGGUCGCCCUGCUGCUGGAGCCCCCGUGGCGCGGACCCCGGGGCCUGCUGGCGCGCCAGUGGGCGCCCCGCGACGCGGCGCUGCUCGUGGGCUCGUCGCUGGCCGGCUGCCUGCUCACGCUCACCAUGCAGUGGCUGCUGGGGCGCACGUCGGCGCUCACCUACCAGGUGCUGGGGCACGUCAAGAUGUGCGCCACCCUGCUCGCCUGCGCGGUCGUCUUUGACGAGCACCUCAAGCCGGUGCAGCAGGGCGGCGUCUUUCUGACCCUGUGUGGUGCCGUCCUGUACACGGUGUUCAAGGCACGGGACGAUCCGGCGUCGUCGACCGCUCCGUCUCGCCCCGACCGUCAUCGCCACCCCUGCAACCAGCCGCUGCUCGGCUCGCCUCCUGCAGCCGUCAAGUGACGUGGCCGGAUGCCGGGGACCGGACCCUAUCUAUACCGAUCGAUUGAUUAAUGACCGGCCGGCAGCUGCUCGGUCGGUCGUUAUAGGCGUACAGACUUUCUCUCUCGCCCCCUUGUGAUUGUUGCGCAGAGUGGUACACUGCAGGCGUCACCACAUCGCUGUUCCUGCGGACGCCACCCCCCUGGGAAGUGUCACCACACUGCGGACAAUGCAGACCUGUUCCACGCUCGACACGUGACCUGCCGGUCGUUGUGCGCACGUUGCUGUAUGUCUGUACAGAGGCUUAAAUAUAGCAAUUCAACUCGACGUUGUGCGCGGUGCUUACUGUUCGUGAAUGUGCUUAUUAUUUUUUCUAUAAAACUCCGUGCCCGCCGAUCGCGGAGUUUAGGAGAGAGGGGAGUGUGCGUUCGUGGCGGCAGACGUGUUCGAUCAGUAUGUAGUCGAUAUCGAUCGACGAUGAAUACGCGUGCACUGUCCCGUACACACACACACACACACACAAAUAAAAAAAGCAACGGACCCUCCCAACAUUUCGCGAUGUGCAGCUGGGUAUAACUUGACGGAUAGAACAGUUACCAUUCAUUCCCAGUGAUAUGCCUGAAGAACAAAUAUCAAGUAUAGAAACGGCAUCUUGGCUAUAGCUGGGGGCAGCGCGCGAAGAAACACAACACUGAGAGGAGACGUCAACCAAACGCUGGACUUGCAGUUAGCUUUUAUUUUAACAAGUAGUAGUCUUUAGUGCACCAUGCAGGGCACCACCAUCCGACAGAAAAAAAAAAUUCACUUCGUAUCACGGAAACAAAGAAAAACUAUCACACAAACGUACACUCUUCUUUGUUUCAAGUUAUCUGUCAACGUUUAUGCUAGCCUUGCAGAAAUUAUCAUUUGUGCUCGUGCAACAUGCAUGACCGCUGGCUGGAUGAUACAUGUGCCGUUACGUUUGAUGAUGCGUGUGUCUACUCUGUUCCUUGUCGCAUUUUGUGUGUG